GAGCUCAUAAAUUAAAAACUACAAAAUUAAAAAAUAAGAAAUGACAGCAUCGUCUAGCGGAGAUACACCAUCAGCAUUAGCAGACUUAGUAACCCAAGUUUCUCCGUCUAGCCAGCCCGCCAGGAAUACGCGUCAACCUGUACGUAAGACGAAGAAGAAGAAGCAGCAACAAACGAACGAUACUCAAUCUCCUUCAACUUCUAAUCAAGAUCAACAAAAUAUGGAUUCUACUGAAAACCCUCCACAAACUUCCGAUCAAAAUGAGCAGUUAGCCGCUGUUAAAGAGGAAGCGCCUAGAACUACAAAACCAUCUUCUACUAAAGGACAGCGCAAGAAGAAAUCAUUUUUCUCCUCAUUUUUCUCCUCAAUCGUCCCAUGUGUCGGCGAAUCUUCUAAGAAACCAGCGCACGAUGUGUCAGCAAAGGAAGAUGAGCAACCAAAGAAGCACAGAGAUCAGCAGCCGUCAACCUCACGGCGGAAAUCUAAAGAGCGAGUCGAGGAUGAGAUACCACCACCCACACCAGUCAUACCAAACCAAGGCGUAGACCUCCCAAUUAGUGACACAGCCGGUCUGACCUCAGGAGCGGUCAUGCCUCCAGGAAAAGAACUCUCCCCGCCAACGCCAUCACGUCAACCGUCUUCACAAAUGCAUGAAGAAUCUUCAGAAGAGGAAGAAAUUGAUGACUACGACGCUGAAUUAGCAGAUGAAGAGCGUAUUAUUGCAAAAGGCGGUAUGGGUAUCCCAAUAGGGGAAGAUGGUCAACCUAAACCACUUUUACCACAGUUGAACGAAAAUUCUAAAUGUCUUGUUUUAGAUCUAGACGAAACACUCGUUCAUUCAAGCUUUAAACUCAUUCAGCAAGCUGAUUACGUCGUUCCAGUCGAAAUUGAAUCUCAAACUCAUAAUGUCUACGUUAUAAAGCGUCCAGGUGUAGACGCAUUCCUUAAAAAAAUGGGCGAAAUAUACGAGAUUGUAGUCUUUACUGCAUCUCUUUCAAAAUACGCUGAUCCAGUAUUAGAUAUGCUGGAUAUAAACAAAGUUGUUAAGCAUAGACUUUUUAGAGAAAGUUGUUACAAUCAUAAAGGAAAUUACGUGAAAGAUCUCUCACAAUUGGGUAGAUCUAUAGAUGAUACGAUUAUUAUUGAUAAUAGUCCAGCAUCAUACGUUUUCCAUCCAAACAAUGCAGUACCAAUUUCAAGUUGGUUUAACGAUCCACAUGAUACAGAAUUAACAGAUUUGUGUCCAUUCUUAGCAGAUUUGACUGAAGUCGAUGAUGUUAGGGAUGUACUCAAUGGAUCAUUAUCACAUUAAAACAACAAAAUUAUACACGAAGCAACUCACCUUCAAUUCAAUCAAUUAAUACAUUCAUUUGUUGCAUUUUUUCUCAUGUUUUAUUUCAAAACUACUAAUAUCAACAUACUUCUUUCAUGCCUACAAACUUUGCUAUUGUCAAUUUACAAAUUGUAAUUCAA